ACACACACACACAUUGGAGGGAACCCCAUCAGCUGUGGGAAGCAACACAGUCUGAACUUACUUUUAUUUUUCUAAUUCUGUUCUUCACAUCACCUCAUUUUUGAAGCUGAUAUUUUAGAUAUGCGCCAUUGAGGAGUACAGCGAGAGCUCUGUGUUAAAAACGUGCAUCAUUAUAGUUUAACAAGGACAGCGGUGGAGGAAGAAAAAAACAGAAAACACGGACUACAGAAGGUGGCUUUGAAAGCAUGGAAUAUUUCAUGAUGCCGACAGAGAAGAUACCGUCCUUACAGCAGUUCAAAAAGACGGAGAAGGAUGUUAUCGGGGGUCUCUGCAGCUUGGCUAACAUCCCCCUCAGUCCGGAGACAGCCCAGGACCAGGAGAGGCGGAUCCGCCGCGAGAUUGCCAACAGCAACGAACGCCGCCGUAUGCAGAGCAUCAACGCAGGCUUCCAGUCCCUCAAAACACUCCUGCCCCACACGGACGGAGAGAAGCUCAGCAAGGCGGCCAUCUUGCAGCAGACAGCGGACUACAUCUUCGCCUUGGAGCAGGAAAAGACACAGCUGCUGGCACAGAACAACCAGCUCAAACGCUUCAUCCAGGAGUUUAGCGGCUCAUCACCUAAGAGGAGGCGAGCAGAGGAGAAGGAUGAAGGUAUCGGGUCUCCAGACACGCUGGAGGAGGAGAAAGUGGAGGAGCUGAGGAGGGAGAUGCUAGAGCUGCGACAGCAACUGGACAAGGAGCGUUCGGCUCGUAUGCAGAUGGAGGAGCAGGUGCGAUCUCUGGACACCCAGCUGCACCCGGAGCGUCUGAAGGUGAUCACCCAGCAGGUGGAGGAGGAGCAGGCCAUCCUCCAGAGCCAGACGCUGUUACGGCUGCAGCAAAUCCACGCCGCUGACCGGCAAACACACAGUCCACAGGUCCUGGCUCCCCCCACUCCACCCGCUCCAACCCACCACCCUACGGUCAUCGUCCCGGCCCCAACACUAACCCAGCACCCCCACCAUCACGUCACGGUGGUGACCAUGAGCCCGUCUGCCCACACCAGCACCGUGUCCACGUCCAGACAGAACCUGGACACUAUUGUGCAGGCCAUCCAACACAUCGAGCGCACUCAGGAGAGGAGAGCGAGCGCCGAGGAGGAGCAGAGGCGAGCGGUCAUCGUUAGCCCCGCCCACGUGGCCAUGGACACCGCCUGCUCGGACACAGACACCGACACAGAGGGAGAGGACUGCUCGAUGAACUGAUCCACCACCUGAACU